CCCCUUCUGGUGUGACAUCACUCGCACUUGCUCGACUUGAAACCAGAAACGAGGUCUUGGGUUUGGGGAACAAGUCCAGGAAGCUGCGCCGACUGAUAAGACAGAAACAUAUGAGGCGUAAAAUAGGGACGACGCUUUGAAUAUUUUCUCUCUUAGAACAACCGUGUUGAGAAAUUUGAAAUACAGGUCCACGCCAGGACUGUGCUGUAUGGUUGUGGCAGUACGCAGCCUAACUCCUGGACAUGGCAGGUCUCUGUGGUCUGAAGAUUCUGCUGCUCUGGGCUGGGAUCUUUGGUUUGGACAAAUGUGACACUCAGAACGUAAAUGACACUUCAGCCAACUCACCUCCACCCGACACAACAACCCAUAGUUCAGACAGCUCAUCUGUCUCCUCCUUACCUGCAAGCACUCAGGCAUCAAAUAUUGCCAUGACUUCGAACAGCUUGUCAUCUGCCCACAAACCUGCACCCACGCGGCCGACCCCCGCCUCAGUCUCCUCAAAUCAGACAGACAAUUCAACCCCCAUGACUGCCACUACUCCUACUACUCCUACUAUCUCACCUACAGUCACCCUGCUCAUCAACACCACGGCUAAUACCUCCCAAGUGCCUCAUUCAGACCCCCCUCUGCAGUGUACUUACGUUGUAAACCCCAUCAACGGUGGCAUCCAGGUUAACAUAACAAGCUCUGCAGUUAACUCUGUUGACGUCAUCAUUCGCUACAACGAAGAAGGCCAACCAGAGAUUAAAGAGCGAACCGUUCACUCCAAUCAAAGCUCAUCGCAUGAAAUCAAACAACUGAAGCCCCUCACUGUAUAUGAGCAUAGUGUGACAUUUGUUGAUACUGUUGGCAAAGACACACGCUGUAACAUCACUCAAAACAACACCAUGACAAUUAAAAUAAGUGACGCUGACAUCAGACUAAUCGACUGCUCAUCUAAACAUGUCUGCUUCCAAACUGAGUGGGACAUCAGCUCUCUUGAAACAACACAGAAAAAGACUCCAGACGGGAAAUGUGGCAGUUUUAAACAGGAUACGUUUUUCUGUAUCAAACCUGGUUAUGAAAGCAUUUGCUCAGAUUUCACCACAACCAUCAGAUCAGGCAGCUUUUCCGCGAACUACACCAAAAACAUCCCCCUCGGUUUUUUAAAUCCAGAUGAAAUAAAUCCGACUCUUACCAAGAGUCUUCCGCCAAAAAUAGAAACAAAUUUACCUUCAAACUGUAAAAACCUCACUGUUGAUUACACCUGUCAUGAACCUGGCCAAGUCAAUGGGUCCAAGAAGUUGUCCGAGCUGGAGCCGUUCACGGACUACAGUUGCAUCGGUCAGAUCAUGGACACGGACGGCACCAUCAGAGAAAAAACGAAUUCUCUUCACGUCAAGAUCGACUGCGAUCUUACAAUAUCAUUCCGAAGAAAUAUUGCAACCAAUACGUCCAUCGAGUUGACCUGGAACACAAUCAGUCAGAAUUGUGGAGACGUCGAUCGGGAUCUUCGGAAGCUUUCGUACGAAUGCAGACUCAUUCAACCUUCCGCCAUGUAUAAAGAGAUAACAGCAACCAAAGAGACGUCAGGAAAAUGUGAUUUUUCUGGACUGAAACCAUACACUGAUUACACCUUUGAAGUUCUACCCAUGUACAACAACAAGAAAGUUUCCUUUCCAACCUCACCUGAAACACUGAAAACUGAUGUUGGAGUACCAGAAAGUAUCACUAAACUGAAGCUGGCCGUUUCAGAACAUAAUGUGAUCAGAAUAAACUGUGUUCAUUCGAACUUUAAUGGACCUCACGGGGAGUACAUCGCUCAACUGAGUUAUGGUAGUUACAACCCGGCAAAGUUUAGGAGUCAAACUUGUGAGUUUGAAAUCAAGAACCUGCAGUACUCUACAAACUACACAGUGCAGAUGACUGCCCGCAACGAAAAAUUCGAGAGCAACCCCCAGACAGGCCAUAUAUCUACCAGAUAUAAUGACAAAGCUGUCAUCGGCUUCCUCGUCUUUCUCAUCAUCCUCACGUCUGUGGCUCUGUUUUUGGUCAUCUACAAGAUCUACGCUUUGAAGCGCAGGAAGUCCCAUGACAUGAAUGAGAACAUGAUGCUUAUUUCAACGGCACAUGAUGAGGAGAACCUGAUGCGCGUCGAGCCAAUCGCAGCGGAGGUCCUGCUGGAAUCCUACAAGAGGAAACUCGCUGAUGAAGGACGACUUUUCCUGGCUGAGUUUCAGAGCAUCCCCAGAAUUUUCUCCAGGCACUUGGUGAAAGAGGCCAAAAAUCCCUGCAACGUCCCCAAGAACCGCUACGUGGACAUCUUGCCAUAUGAUUAUAACCGAGUCCAGCUGACCACAGGAAAUGGCAAGGCAGGAUGUGACUACAUCAACGCCAGCUUCAUUGAUGGAUACAAGGAAGCCAAGAAGUACAUUGCAGCUCAAGGACCAAAGGAUGAGACCGUGAGUGACUUCUGGAGGAUGGUCUGGGAGCAGCAGUCAUCCAUUAUCGUCAUGGUAACACGCUGUGAAGAAGGAAACAGGGCCAAGUGUGCGCAGUACUGGCCGUCUCCGGAGCGGGAGACGGAGAUCUUUGAGGAGUUCAUAGUGAAACUGAACUCUGAGGGCCACUUUCCAGAUUACACCAUCCGCCAUCUCAGCCUAACAAACAAGAGGGAGAAGAGCUCAAACAGGGAGGUGACCCACAUCCAGUUCAUGAGCUGGCCCGACCACGGCGUCCCGGGGGAGGCUCACCUCCUCCUGAAACUGAGGCGGCGAGUCAACGCCUUCAAGAAUUUCUUCAGUGGCCCGAUCGUCAUCCACUGCAGUGCUGGAGUGGGAAGGACGGGUACCUACAUUGGCAUCGAUGCCAUGAUGGAGGGUCUGGAGGCAGAGGGCAGAGUGGACGUCUACGGCUACGUAGUCCAACUCCGCAGACAGAGAUGUCUCAUGGUUCAAGUGGAGGCCCAGUACAUCCUGAUCCACCAGGCUCUGGUGGAGCACAAUCAGUUUGGAGAGACUGAGGUCGCUCUGUCUGAGCUCCACAGCACGCUGAGCACGCUGAAAGAGAAAAGCCCCGACAGUGAAUGCACCCUGAUGGAGGACGAGUUUGAGAGACUCCCGACCUAUAGAAACUGGAGACAGUUCAACACAGGGCUCACAGAGGAAAACAAGGAGAAGAAUCGCUCUUCAUCGGUCAUCCCAUAUGACUACAACCGAGUGUUGCUGAGGCUCGACGAAGGAUGUGACAGUGACGCUGAUGAGGAGGACGAGGAAGAAUCCUCAGAUGAAGAGGAUGAGGAGUCCGCCAUAUACAUCAAUGCCUCCCACAUCAACGGAUACUGGGGCCCACGCGCCCUCAUCGCAGCACAGACUCCACUGCCGACCACCAUGGGCGACUUCUGGUUGAUGGUUUACCAGAAGAGAGCGUCCACCAUCGUCAUGCUCUCAGACGGCAGCGAGGGGGACAAGGAGUCUGACUCUGUGUAUUGGGACCAAGACAUGAAGACAUUUGGGGACUUUGAGGUGGAAGUUGCAAGCACAGACAUCACCCCAACUUUCGUCAGCCGCAACAUGCUGAUCCGUCACGUCAAGAGGAAAGAGAGUCGGCGGGUGCAACACUUCCAGUUCCUGAAGUGGGUGAACGGGGAGCUGCCGGAGACGCCUCAGGAUCUCACGGACAUGAUCAAGGAGAUCAAGGGCAGCGGUGGCAGCGGCAAAUCACAGACCAUCGUGGUCCACUGCAACGAUGGCUCGUCCCGUACGGGGCUCUUCUGUGCCCUGUGGAACGUGCUGGACAGCGCCAAGACUGAGAAGCUGGUGGAUGUUUUCCAGGUGGUGAAAACCGUACGCAAGGAGAGACAGAACGUGCUCUCCAGCCUGGAGCAGUACCAGUUCCUGUACGACACUGUGGACGGGGCCUUCCCGGUCCAGAACGGGGAAGUGAAAGCAGUCCAGGCCUCUGCUGCUGACUCCCUCGACAUUGUCAAUGAAACCAAAGCUGCUGAGCGGCCAGGGGCCACUGGCAGCAGCGACCAGCAAGGGGCGGCAGAGGGCUCCCGUGUGGCGGCUGACGGAGCCCAAAAGGAGGAGGCUGAAAAAGAGUCCAGCCGGCCCACACAGUCGAUGGAGGACACCAGCAUCAACGGGCCCAGUGUCCCUCUGGAGGUCUGAGGGCGGGGGCAGACAUGGCUGUGCCUCUUUCUGUGGGGAUAUGUGCUUCAGUUGAAUGCUUCCAUUUUAAUUUCUUCAAGAAUGUAUAAACAUUGUAAAGCUUUUAUACAAUUGUGGUUCGGAUUGAGACAUGUUUAAAAAGAAAGAAAGAAAAAAAAGAAGAUCAAAUGUUUUAUUGUCAAUUUCUAAAGAAAGAAAAGAUUCUAAUUUAUAAAUAUUUUAGUAGAUUUUGUGUAAGGAUGCAAAUAUACGGAAGCCGAGAACGGCCGUGCCUGCAAUUACAAUUGCAAGAGCCUUGUUAUCUCGAGAUAAUAAUUCGUUAUAACGAGAUAAUAACUCAUCAUUUGGAGAUAACGGUAUUAUAAAAAGAUCUGGAAGCACGACCGUUCUCGGCUUCCGUACAAAUAAUCUCUGGGAGCAACGUUUCUCUAGAAAUGCUGUCAUCAAACUAGCAGCCUCCAUACAAAUAAUCUCUGGGAGUAAAGUUUCUCUAGAAAUGCUGUCAUCAAACUAGCAGCCUUGGAUUUACUGCAUGUUGAGAGAUAUAAGAGCUACAUUUUUUAAAUAUGCAGAAGCUACAGUAGGUAAGUUGUUGUUUUAUAUCUCACUAUAACUGCAUUCAUAGUUGGAGUAAGUUUAAGUAUUGGUCUUCUUGCUAAAUAAACAGAUGCUACACUCUUCAUUUAUACAUUGGUAUUAUAAAAUAAUUAAGUUUAAAUUGUUCAUGCGACACUGCAAAAUGUGAUUAAAGGAGACUUACAAUAAGGAAAGUA